AUGCAAAUAUUCUGUAAUGGUUUGAGGCCUAACACUAGAACUAUGUUGGAUGCCACAACAGUUGGUUCUUUGAAUUACAAGACCGCAGCAGAAGCACGAAACGUUAUUGAGAUCAUGGCAUCAAAUGAACAAUUGAUGUUGUAUGACAAAGGUGGUGGUUCAGUAAGUGGUAUAUUGGAGUUGAACGUUAUGGAUGGGUUGGCUCCAGGCAGGACUCUUUGUCUCACACAAGGGAGGGGCCCGUACGCAAAAUGUGUAUUUUGGAACCCUGCUAUAGACGAAUUCAAGGUCAUUCCACCUAGCCUUUUUGAGUAUGUACCUUAUCAUGACACUAUGAUGAACUUUCAUGGUUUUGGUUAUGAUCAUGUUAGAGAUGACUAUAAAUUCAUUCGACAGUUAGACUUCUUUCUUGAUUGCGACGCAUAUGUGCCAUGUGACGAACCUGUAGGUUUCGCCCCGAUGUGGGAGAUAUAUAGUCUAAGAAGUAACUCUUGGAGGAAACUUGAUGUUGACAUGCCUUUUUGUAUGUCAGAUGAUGAAGUGUACAUGGAUGGAUUUUGUCAUUGGUCCGAUAUAGAUGAUUACCAUAGUCUUAGUAAUGUUGGCCCAUGUUUGGUAUCAUUUGACUUAUGCAAUGAAGUGUUCCUUACAACCCCUUUUCCCUCAGACAUGGUUGACCAUUAUUAUAUUUUGCGCAUGGUGUUGUUAAAUGGAUCCAUUGCUUUCAUAAUGUAUGAUGAAUCGACUACUUUUCACAUAAGAAUAUUGGGUGAGCUUGGUGUGAAGGAAUUGUGGGCUAAUGUCUUCAUUGUCAAACCCUUACCUUGCGUUCAACAUCUUAUUGGAGUAGGAAAGAAAGGCGGUAUAUUCUUGAGAAAAAAUGAUGAUGAACUAGUACGGUAUGAUAUGAGUACUCAGACGAUUGAGGAGCUUGGUGUUAAAGUAAGCCGGGGUUAUUGUAACAUUGUAGUUUAUAAAGACAACCUUCUCCCAAUUGUAUGUUUAUGA